UGUUACUCAUAUUUGAUCCUAUCCGGAUCGCCACUCAAUAGAGAGACACAAGGAUACUUCUCUUUUCCUUCAAGUUUCUCUCCUUCCCUCCUGUCCUGUACAGAAAAAACGAAAUCUCGGGCGCUCUUUUCCCGUUUUUUAACGAUACGCAGAUCGCGCUUCUGCUCCCCGGGUUUUUAAAAAGCACUUCUCGUUUAUCGUUUUCUUUUCUCUCUUUCUGUACGUCAAAACCAUCAUCACAGUUCCCGCGACAGGAAACCCGCAUUUCUUCUGUGCGACUUGAAAACGCAUUGCUUAUCUGUCAUCUCUCUAGACAGUUCGUGAAAUACCGCAAAGAUGGCCGACAGCCUGAAGAUGGGAAGCCUUUCCCUCAACGACUCCCAGCAUGCGCCUGCCCCUACCAAUCCCACUGGCCGCGCUGCCUACAUCCCUCCCCAUCUCCGUGGACGCCAAACCGGUGCGAAUGUGGACGGACCCGCCGCUGCUCCCCCCGCCCCUAGCGGUCCUGGCAAUUCUUGGGGUUCAAGAGGCGGCCCUCGCGGUGGUAACUGGGCCAACGCCAACGCUCCUGAUUUCAGCCCUCGCGGUCCCAAUGGUAAUACCGGUUCUUAUGGCAGUGGUGCCAGUGCCAGAGGCUCUGGAGAUGGCCAGUGGCGCGAUGGCAAGCACAUUCCCGGUCCUGCUAAUCCCCGCUUGGAGCGUGAACUUUUCGGCGUGCCCAAUGAUCCCACCAAGCAGAACACUGGUAUCAACUUUGCCAACUACGACGACAUUCCCGUGGAAGCAUCCGGCCAUGAAGUCCCCGAGCCCGUCAACGCUUUCACCAACCCUCCCUUGGAUGACCACUUGAUUGAAAAUAUUAAGCUCGCCUACUAUCAGACCCCCACCCCAGUGCAGAAGUACUCUAUCCCCAUUGUGAUGAACGGUCGCGACUUGAUGGCUUGUGCCCAGACCGGUUCCGGAAAGACGGGUGGUUUCCUGUUCCCAAUCUUGUCUCAGGCCUUCCAGAACGGGCCUUCUGCGACCCCUGCCCCGGCAUCCGGCCAAUUCAGCUAUGGCCGUCAACGCAAGGCUUACCCGACAUCCCUCAUCUUGGCCCCGACUCGUGAACUGGUCUCUCAGAUCUUUGAUGAAGCUCGCAAGUUCGCUUACCGCUCCUGGGUCCGUCCUUGCGUCGUCUACGGUGGUGCCGAUAUUGGUUCUCAGCUCCGCCAGAUCGAGCGUGGAUGUGACCUGUUGGUUGCCACUCCGGGUCGUCUCGUAGAUCUCAUUGAGCGUGGCCGCAUUUCCCUUGUGAACAUCAAGUACCUGAUUCUGGAUGAAGCUGAUCGCAUGUUGGACAUGGGUUUCGAGCCUCAGAUCCGUCGUAUUGUGGAAGGUGAAGACAUGCCCCAUGUCAACGACCGCCAAACUCUGAUGUUCUCUGCCACCUUCCCUCGGGAUAUCCAGAUGUUGGCUCGCGACUUCCUGAAGGAUUAUGUUUUCCUUUCGGUUGGUCGUGUUGGUUCGACCUCCGAGAACAUCACCCAGAAGGUUGAAUACGUCGAAGAUCACGACAAGCGCUCCGUUCUUCUGGAUAUCCUCCAUACUCAUGGCACUAGCGGUCUUACUCUCAUUUUCGUUGAGACUAAGCGCAUGGCCGACUCCUUGUCUGACUUCCUGCUGAACCAACGCUUCCCUGCCACCGCCAUUCACGGUGACCGCACUCAGCGUGAACGUGAGCGUGCUCUGGAGAUGUUCCGUUCCGGCCGUUGCCCUAUUUUGGUUGCUACCGCUGUCGCUGCUCGUGGUCUUGAUAUCCCCAACGUUACUCACGUUAUCAACUACGAUCUGCCUACUGACAUUGACGACUAUGUUCAUCGUAUUGGUCGUACCGGUCGUGCCGGUAACACCGGUAUUGCCACCGCUUUCUUUAACCGUGGCAACCGUGGCGUCGUUCGCGACCUGAUUGACCUUCUCAAGGAGGCUCACCAGGAAGUCCCGUCUUUCUUGGAGAGCAUUGCUCGUGAGGGCAGCGGAUACGGCGGCCGUGGUGGCCGUGGAGGUCGUGGCCGUGGUACCAACGCCACCCGUGACAUGCGUCGUAUGGGCGGUGGUCCUGGCAUGGGUAGUGCUGCUGCUCCUUCCUUCGGCGGCAGCAGCUAUGGCGCCCCCAGUGCUGGCUACGGUGGUAGCUACGGUGGCGGCCCCUCUUAUGGUGGCGGCAGCGGCGGCGGCUAUGGAGGUGGUUAUGGCGGUGGCAGCGGCGGCGGCGGCUAUGGAAACCCCUCGGGCCCUACCGGACCUUCCUCCUGGUGGUAAAUACGGGGUUGUGGUCUUUGAUGAGGCCGUCAGGUCUGAUUGGCUCCUUUCAUUUUCAUUUGCCUUUCAUUUGACGGAUACGAUCAGAACGAGCCCUGAGUUGCCCUUUUCCUUUGUUUGUUUUAUCUCAGGAACGGCUUUGUCAUGACUGCCACGACUUCAUUUUAGAAUUUUCUUUUUCAUUCUCAUUAUUCUCAUUUUGAGUUAUCGGUGUUUCUAUUUCUGAGCAUUUCGCAGAUUUUGUUUGUUUGUUAUCGAUUUUAGACAUGGUCUUAUGAUGCGGUCCGAU